UAACUUGGCCAGUCUUACAAAAAAUUUGGGUGAUAAUCAUCCAAUAACAAGCCAAUAUUUCAAAAAAUUAGAUUAUACAGAGGAGCAAUUAGCAUUAAUAUAUUGUAAAGGAGUUUAUCCCUAUGACUAUAUCGAUUCUUAUGAUAGAUUCCAGGAAACAGAACUCCCACCAUUCGAAAAAUUUCAUAGUAUACUUAAAGAAUAUUAUGAAUUUGAUCCUAGUCACUAUGUUUCUGUCCCAUUACUAUUCUGGAAUACAAUGCUUAAGAUGACAGGAGUUAGAAUCGAACUUUUUACAGAUAUGGCUAUGCAUGAUUUUACUGAAAAAUCUAAGCAUAGUGCAUAUUACCAAAAUACGUUAUCUGACUUUGAUGUUUGA